AGUGGCCCAGCCCCUCCUAUAUUUUUAUGUAUGUGGCCCUCAAUGAAAAAAGUUUGGACACCCCUGGCCUAAACAGAAGAGACAGGUGUUGCAAUGGUCCAGUCAAAGUCCAGACAUCAGCUCAAUUAAAAUACUGUGGCAGGAUCUUAGCAGAGCUCUGCAUGAACAAAUACCUGCAAACCUCAAUGAACUGAAGCAAUGCUGAAAAGAGAAGGAGCCAAAAUUCAUCCAAAGGAAUGGGAGAGACUGAAAAAGCCCACAGGAAAACAUUAUUUCAAGUUAUUGCUGCUACAGAAGGCCAGUAAGCUGUCCAAGGCUCAGAGGGCAAAGCGGGAGCAAGAGGAGGAGGAGAGGAGACUUCGAGAGGAAGAGGAAGCCCGGAUCAGGGCAGAAAGAGAAGAACAGGAACGAGUGGAAAGAGAGAGAAAGCAGAAGGAAGUGGAAAGGCUUGAGCUAAAGGACCUAGACCGCAGAGAGGCCGAGUUGAAGGAACUGCACCAUCUACUGGAGGAGAAUCAUACUGCAGUAACCAAAUGGAAAACUGAAGCUGUGGAGAUAGCCAAGUGGGAGCGAUACAUGCGUUGCGACGGUGCACCAGACCCAGCAGUACAGAAAGAGAUGAAUACAUACAUGAGCCUAUGGAGAGAUGACCCUGAGGUCAACAUUACGCUUGUGCUCCAGCAGUGUAAUCUUGCUCUGCAGCUGGUAGAUGAGUUGGAAGAUCUCCUCAAAGAUAUUACAGAUCCCCAGGAGCGCCAGAAGUACCAGGAGGUUCUCAUAAAUUUGCAGGAGCUAAUUCACUCAAAACACCACCUUGCUACUGAAGAGAUCCUUAAGAGUGCCAGUGAAAAUGUCAGCACUGAGACAGGCAACAUGCAGACUGUGAUCAAAGAUGACAACAUUACACUGUGUCUCUGGGCCAACCUCAAUAAGAUUCCAAGGUUUAAGAGUGUCAGCUUCAGUGAGGCAGGCCUCAGCUUUGAGCUUCCCAAGCAGCUGGCUGUGAGUGACAUCGCUGUGCGCAUCCUCCACACCCGCUAUGACCACCCAUCUUCAUUAGCCAGGAUGACUCAUCUGAGAACACACACACCCAGCAACAGGGUCCACCCGGCGAUGCAGUCCACCCAAAGAAUGCACAUCUCACAGAGUGAAGCCAGUCUGUGGUCAAGGAGGAACAGUCCAGAGCCUGAAGAGAUCCAAGUGAGCCAUGUCCAAACACAGAUGGAAGCACUUGAUGUCAGGGAUCCGACUAGUCCCCCGGAGGAGCACACAGUGAUCAACCCUGUUGCCCAGGUGGUAGACUUGAUGGAGUACACACCUCUGGGUGGAGUAUUCUACUAUGAUGCGUUUCACCUCCCACCUCAAAUUCAAUAUGCCCAUGGCUGGAAAUUUGUACAGGUGUUGAGGACAGGUAUGCAGGUGUUCUCUUACCAGGCCGAGAAGUCCGGUUUGGAUGGCCACGAGGCUCUCCCCUGCCCCCUUGUUGGGGUGUCUGUGACACUGCCCGAAUCUGUUGUCUUCUUGGAAGCUCCACAAGUGGCUCGCUGGGAUGCUGCAGGUAAGCAGUGGAGGAUGGAUGGUAUCACCGACGUCUCCUAUGAUGAGUCUGAGGCCAAAAUCUCUUUCAAGAUGGACUCCUUCCAAGCGUUUGCGCUGAUGCAGAAAACCUAUGCCAACCUUCCUUUUGAGAGCUGGGAGCUCCGGCCACUGGGCCAGGACUCUGCUCUCUACACUGUCAACGGGGCGUUCAUGAACAUCAGCAUCACUAUUCAGGAUAAUAAAUGUAUGCUGCAAUCGGAGCAAGAGGGAGGGCUCUCUCACCUCAUAGGAAAGUGGAUGAGUGGCUCGGACCUGCAGAGGGCCAUGGUCGACGCUGGGGUCAACAUCUUUGUGAAUGAAUAUACGCACAAAUAUGUCAGCAGCACUGCCAAGUACAAAAAUUAUGAAAUGAUCUGUGUGGUUUCUGUCCUCUUCAGGACCCACUCACAGAGCAUGCUGCCUACGAACAGAUGGCCCUCUUUUCCUCUGCCUGUGCAUUCUCGUGGAGCAAGUGGAAUGCUAAAUGUGGAGCUGAGCAUCUGGUCAUGCAGGUGUGUGAGCACCACGAUCCCUCCCCUGUGCCUAAGGACUCAUGGAGUCUGUACCUUCUGGGAGCUCAGAGGAGUCGAAAGCUGGCAAUCACAGAAACAAGUGAAGCUUUUUCUCCCGAUCAUUAUCCUGGCAGCGAGUUUCACUCCACCUUCAUCCACUUGCUUCAGGACACCAUGAGUCCCGAUGGCAUCGCUCAGACCAGAAAUUCCUAUCAUUUGUUUGUCGACACAGUGCAGAGCCUGCUCUGUGCCACAAGACCCCUGAUGUAUUCAUAAUCCCAGUGAAAUAAAGUUAAAAAUGCACGACUAAAUACAACG